UCAUCUUCGAUCUCUCGCUGAAGCAGAGACGACGAGAAGGAGAAAAAGUUCGAACCGCUCUGCAAAGAAUCCGUCCGUCGAUGGACCAGUCAUGAACCCUCUACCACUCCCCACCUCCUCCUCUCCGCCGUCCCCCAAUCCCUUCCCGCCCUCCCGCUUUCACUCCCUUCGCCGCGUCCCCCGCCGCCAGCCCCUCCACCAACACCGCCUCCGCCUCCGCCGCCGCCGCCGGACCCUGGUGGCCACUCCGCGCCCACGGCGCGGUGGACGCGCGAGACCUCUCCCUCUCCUCCCCGCCGCCGCCGCCGCCAGCCUCUCGCCCCCGAAACCGUACUCCCAAGACGCCAAGCUCCUCACCCUCCUCCGCCAGAGGAAGACGGAGGAGGCCUGGGCCGCGUACACCCAGUCCCCGCACCUCCCCAACCCCACCUGCCUCAGCCGCCUCGUGUCGCAGCUCUCCUACCAGAAGACCCCCGAGGGCCUCGCCCGCGCCCAGUCCGUCCUCGCCCGCCUCCGCGAUGAGCGCCAGCUCCGCCGCCUCGACGCCAACUCCCUCGGCCUCCUCGCCGUGGCCGCCGCGAAGGCCGGCCAGACCCUCUACGCCUCCUCCGUCGUCAAGUCCAUGCUCCGCUCCGGCUACCUCCCCCACGUCAAGGCCUGGAGCGCCGUCGUCAGCCGCCUCGCCGCGUCCGGCGACGACGGCCCCGCCGAGGCGAUCGCGCUCUUCGAGGCCGUGACGCGGCGGCUCCGUAAUGUCGCCGACCCUACCGCGGUCGCCGACUCCAGGCCCGACACGGCCGCCUUCAAUGCUGCGCUCAACGCGUGCGCGAACUUGGGCGACACAGGGAAGUUCUCGCAACUGUUCGAUGAAAUGCCUGAGUUCGGAGCCAAGCCGGAUGUGUUGACUUAUAAUGUGAUGAUUAAGUUGUGUGCUAGAGUAGAUAGGAAGGACUUGCUUGUGUGUGUGUUGGAGAUGAUUCUUUUGAAGGGAAUUCCAUUGUGCAUGACUACAUUGAAUUCACUCGUCGCUGCUUAUGUUGGUUUUGGCGACUUGGGUACUGCGGAGAAGAUAGUGCAGGCUAUGAGAGAUGGAAGGAGAGAUCUUUGCAAGAUUCUGAGGGGUGCCAAUAGGGAAGAUUUGCCUGAUGAGGAGGAAGACGAAUAUGACGAGGAAGACGAAUAUGACCAAGAAUUGAAGACGUUAGAUUUGGUUAGAGAUGAUGGUGAAAUGGUUGUGUUUGCAAAGUUGCUUCCAAAUUCUAUCGAAUCAAAUUUAAGCGACCCUCCAUUGUUGCCGAAUUCAUAUGCUCCCAAUUCCAGAAUAUACACUACCCUAAUGAAGGGAUAUAUGAGGAUGGGACGUGUAAAGGACACAGUCCGACUGCUAGAGGCAAUGCGGCAUGAGGAAGACAGCUCUAGACAUCCGGACCACAUCUCAUAUACUACUGUCAUUUCCGCGCUGGUGAAGGCUGGGUCAAUGGAUCAAGCACGCCGGGUCCUUGCUGAGAUGAAGAGAAUCAGUGUUCCUGCUAAUCGGAUCACUUACAACAUACUCUUGAAGGGCUACUGCCAGCAACUGCAGAUGGACAAGGCGAAGGAGCUGAUCAAAGAAAUGGUCAGUGAUGCGCAGGUACAGCCUGAUGUGGUAUCAUACAACACCUUGAUUGAUGGAUGUAUAAUAAUCGAUGACAGCUCGGGGGCGCUCGAGUUCUUCAACGAGAUGCGAGCGAGAGGGAUUGCCCCGACCAAGAUCAGUUACACUACAUUGAUGAAAGCGUUUGCCUCGUCUGGGCAACCAAAGCUGGCGCACAAGGUGUUCGAUGAGAUGAUCCAAGAUCCAAGGGUGAAACCUGACGUGGCAGCUUGGAACAUGCUGGUCGAAGGGUAUUGCAAACUCGGGUUGGUUGAAGAAGCGAAGAAGGUUGUUCAGAGGAUGAAAGAGAACGGGUUAUACCCUGAUGUUGCCACUUACGGUAGUCUUGCCAAUGGCAUUGCGUUGGCCAGGAAACCUGGAGAGGCCCUUUUGCUCUGGAAUGAAAUAAAGGAAAGGUGUCGCUCGAGUAAAAGAUGCGAGAAACCCGAUUCUUCCCCUUCUCUCCCGCCAUUGAAACCGGACGAGGGCCUUCUGGAUGCUUUGGCCGAUAUAUGCGUGAGGGCCGCCUUCUUCAGGAAGGCCUUGGAGAUUGUGGCAUGCAUGGAAGAGAAUGGAAUUUCGCCUAACAAGACCAAGUACAAGAGGAUUUACGUGGAGAUGCAUUCGAGGAUGUUCACCAGCAAGCACGCUUCUCAGGCCCGGCGAGCCAGGAGGGUGGAACGGAAGAGGGCAGCCGAGGCAUUCAAGUUCUGGGUUGGCCUGCCGAACUCAUAUUAUGCGAGCGAGUGGCAUUUUGGAUCCGAUUGAAGGUGAAUGACAGAAUUUACAGUGGAAAUAGUGGACGGUAGGUUUAAAAUGUAUAGUUAGUUACGCUACACAGAUUGACAUUGGAAAUUGUACGCAUAUCUUUGUAAUUUCCUUUAUAAUAAAGCUCAAACAUCAAUUGCAAUG